UUAGCACGGAGUUAUUGGGUGAGAUAGCCAGCUGUUAAAAUUUUAGGAAGGGUUACUUCAUAUGUGACUUCUUUCCUGCACAGAAAAGCAGUGUACAUUGUCAUUUCCAAAGUGUUAUGAAUAUGUUUAUUUUUUUGGAAGUACUCUGACUGGGAAGGGAAGCCUUAAAAGUGACAUGGUAACUUCUGAGAGGUGGUGUGUGUUCUGGAAUUCUUUAAAGAAACGCUGGGCAAUCUUUAUCCAGUGGGUAUAUUGUCUUCCCUCUCUCACGUUAUGCCAACCUCAGUCCAAAUAUAUGUAUUAAUUUAAGUGUAUAAUGUGUCCAGUUCCUGUGAUGUAUUUCUAAUUGUCUCAAGUCUUCUAUAAAAGGAUAGAAUACAAAGUUGGUUUAGAAAAGAAUUUCAGGGCACGCAACACAGUGGCACAAGGAAGGUUCAGAAUGAGAAUUUAUAGUUCUGACCAACAAAUUAAGAUAGUGAACUGUAAAUGCAAGCAGAGGGGGCAUUGUCAGUUUUUUGAGGUAUUAAGAAGUUCAGUUCAAGUAGGCUCCACUCCAAACUUAGUUUGUACUAGCGGCUGCUAUUACUAUAAGAAAGGUCUCAAUUCUUUUCUAUAAGGGUUUUUUAGGCAGUUUUGGAUGAUGCAGAUUAUCUUCUAGACCCAUUUCAAACUGGUUUUCGUCUGGGGUAUGGGGUCAAGACUGCCUUGGUCGGACUGAUGGAUGAUCUCCAACUGGCUAUAGACUGAGGGAGUGUGACUCUGCUGGUCCUUCUGGAGCUCUCUGCAGCUUUUUAUACCAUCGACCAUGGUAUCCUUCUGGACUGUCUGGGGGAGGUGGGAUUGGGUGGCACUGUCUUACUGUGGUUCCACUCCAUCUCCUUCUCUGUUUGUUUUCAGGAAGAACCUCGAGCCCCUCCUGUUCUCUCAGGCUUUUAAUUAGAAUUAAUUUUAGUAAAUCUAAAAAUUUGUUUUAAUAAUUUUAUUCUAUUGUUUUAUUGUCAUGUAUUUUAAUUUGUGACUUUUAAAUAUUUUAAAUUUUGUACACCGCCUAGAGAUAUACAUAUCAGGUGGUAUAAAAAUAUGAUAAAUAGAUAUAAAGUGUGGUACCACAAAAUUUAAGACUGUUGACAGUGUACAAAAUCUUAAAAAAUUGAAAUACAGGAAGUCAGAGCUGAAGGGUAGUGAUGUGUCCAAUGCCACCCAUCUUCUUCAGCAAGACAGCUUACUCCUGCCCGCGAAAGAGGCAUCCAUGUUCCAUGGAGCCCCAAGGAAUAGUCAAAGCUUUCCCCAAACGGAAGAAAGUGAGAGAUGAUUCACAGAAAGUGGUCCCUCCAAAGGUAAUGAAAGAAGAAACCAUCAAUGUGCAGGCAGGUUGGUUAGAGCCAAUCGUGGCCUAUGUGCUGCAAGCUGGAAUGGGUCAGGCCAGAGCUGAGAUCUUCCGCAAGCACAUUAUCCAGAAUGGGGGGAGCAUUUGCAGCCAGCUUUCCCCAGACGUGACUCAUGUUAUAGUGGAUGAAGGCAUGGAGUGUGACCGGGCCUUCCGGCUCCUCAGAUUAGCCAAAUUACCAUCGGGAUUGCAACUGGUGAAGGCUUCCUGGCUGAGUUCGUGUAUUGCAGCACAGCAGAUUUUGAGCACUACCGGUUACAGUCUCUUCAUCCCAGAAAAAUAUCUGGAUGUGGCCAGCUUUUCAAAGAGACAACCGGAAGCUCUGGAUGAGAAGAUCCCAUCUCCAAUGGAGAGUGCAGUCAUGGAGCUGAAGGCCAAAUCGCAGGCAGGAGCCAGCUCUCCUUGCUGUGCCACACACUCCUCAGGACAGCAACGGACCAAAGGGGCAGGCCUGAGGGUCUCUGAUGAUGAAGGAAGUGACGGGGAAGAACUUGUGGUCACCCCAGAAGAAUUGGAGGCGCUGAUGUCAGGCCAAAGCCCGAAUACUCUGUCAGGAAACUCUUCAGCGGUUCUUCCCACUGGCAAAUGGGUUUGUGCUCAGUCCUCUGAAAGCAAGAAAAUUAAUCAUAACCACUGCAUUACGGAGAAGCUGGAGCUGCUGGCAAAAGCUUACUCUGUCCAGGGGGACAAGUGGCGAGCGCUAGGGUACUCCAAAGCCAUUAAUGCACUGAAGAGCUACCACAAGCCUGUCACCUCCUAUCAGGAAGCCUGUAAGAUCCCUGGAAUUGGGAAGCAGAUGGCAGAAAAGAUUUUGGAGAUCCUGGAGAGCGGGCAUCUUCGAAAGCUGGAUCACAUCAGUGAGAGUGUGCCAGUACUGGAAGCAUUUUCCAAUAUCUGGGGAGCAGGAGUGAAGACAGCUCAGAUGUGGUACCAGCAGGGUUUCCGCAUGCUGGAUGAUAUCCGCACAAAGGCUUCUCUCACUAGCCAGCAAGCCAUUGGCUUGAAGCACUACGAGGACUUUUUGGAGCGCAUGCCACGGGAAGAAGCUGCAGAAAUUGAACAGAUGGUCAGAGAAGCAGCUCAGUCUAUCAGACCUGGACUGGUAUGUGUGGCUUGUGGCUCAUUCCGGCGGGGAAAGUCCACCUGUGGGGAUGUGGAUAUAUUGGUGACUCAUCCCAAUGGCCACUCUCACCAAGGCGUAUUCAGCAAGCUGCUUGACAGCCUCCGGCAAAGCGGCUUCCUCACAGAUGACUUGGUGAGUCAAGAGGACAAUGGAAACCAGAAGAAGUACUUGGGGGUCUGCCGACUGCUAGGCCCAGGCCGGCGCCACCGCCGCCUUGACAUCAUUGUGGUGCCCUACAGUGAGUUUGCCUGCGCCCUGCUCUACUUCACCGGCUCAGCCCACUUCAACCGCUCCAUGCGAGCUCUGGCCAAGACCAAGGGCAUGAGCCUGUCGGAGCAUGCCCUCAGCAGUGGCGUGGUGCGUGGCCCCGGUGGCCUCAAAACAGGGCCUGGCCUGGCCCUGGCCACUCCUACUGAGAAGGACGUGUUCAUGCACCUGGGGCUGCCUUACCGGGAGCCACGAGAGAGGGACUGGUGAGGGAAGCAAAGGGAGCAGCCGCUGCUACUGCUGCUGCCGCCUCCGUGUGGUGUGCUUGCAUGGGCCUCACCUAGUGCCUUCCAGCAUCUACAGACUUGUCUGCUUUCUUUGGCAAAUACUUGUGUGGACUAAAGGUGGGACUUCUGAAGCAGCUGGUCCUUUUCUGUACUACUGGGCACUGAGUACUUUGCCUGUAUUUCUGAAUGUAUUUCAUUGGCUUAGAUGGAUUGUAAGGAGAGGGGUCACCAAGUGUAAAUAGCCUACCUCCGUGGGUGAUUGUGAGAAUGAAUGAGAAAAUUUGCACAUAGGAAAUGCCAUUUAAAGCUCUAACAGGAGAAAAUGUGUAGGUUUUAAAGAAAGUAUUUUAAAAACACUUUUGUAAAGAUGCUAUUCUUAGAAUGCUCUGGAGGCUGCUUGACUCUUCCUCUGGAAGAGACGGCUUUCCUACUGCAAGCUGCACUGACCACAGGUUCUGUUGCCAAGACAAAGGGGAGAUGUAUUUCUAACCUCUUCUGAUUGACCCUGUACUAUUAAGAACAUAAGAACAGCCCUGCUGGAUCAGGCCCAUGGCCCAUCUAGUCCAGCAUCCUGUUUUGCACAGUGGCCCACCAGAUGCCGCUGGAAGCUUACAGGCAGGAGUUGAGGGCAUGCCCUCUCCUGCUGUUACUCCCUUGCAACUGGUACUCAGAGGCAUCCUGCCUUUGAGGCUGGAGGUGGCCUAUAGCCCUCUACCCUCCGACUAGUAGCCAUUGAUUGACCUCUCCUCCAUGAAGUUAUCCAAACCCCUCUUAAAGCUAUCCAGGUUGUUGGCUGUCACCACAUCUUGUGGCAGAGAAUUCCACAAGUUGAUUAUGCGUUGUGUGAAAAAGUACUUCUUGUUUGUUGGUCCUAGAUUUCCCAGCAAUCAAUUCCAUGGGAUGACCCCUGGUUCUAGUGUUAUGUGAGAAGGAGAAGAAUUUCUCUUGAUCCACUUUCUCCACACCAUGCAUGAUUUUAUAGACCUCUAUCAUGUCUCCCUGCAGUCGUCUUUUUUCUAAACUAAACAGCCCUAGGCGUUGUAGCCUUGCCUCAUACGAAAGGUGCUCUAGGCCCCUGAUUAUCUUGGCUGCCCUCUUCUGCACUUUUUCCAGUUCUACAAUGUCCUUUUUUAGAUGUGGUGAUCAGAAUUGUAUGCAGUACUCCAGGUGUGGCCGCACCACAGUUUUGUAUAAGGGCUAUAUAUGGAAAAUGUUCUAAAGCAUUUUGAUUAGAAAUCUACAAUAGAAAGACUCUCCUGUGAUGAUGUGAUAUAGAUUGGUUUAUUUGCUCUCUCUCUCUCUCUCUCUCUCUCUCUCUCUCUCUCUCUAUAUACACACACACAGAUAUACAUAUACAUACACACAUUAAACUAUAAAGAGUGGUAUGGUUGCAGGAUUUGUAACUUCUUGUCAGUACUUCUACGAGAAGCAUACUAUAUCAUGCCUAUUCUUAAAUAGUGGCUGCUGGUAUGUUUCCUCACAAAAUAUAAAGUGCUGGUUAUUACCUUUAAAGCCCUGAACCUUCAGGCUUGGGUUAUUUGAGACAGCGCCUUACUCUGCAAGAUCCCCACCGCUCAUUAAGAUAAUCAGGAGAGGUCCAUCCUCAGGUGCCAUCAGUACAUCUGGUGGCAACUUGGGAUCGGGCCUUCCCAGCUGUCACCCCUGGAUUGUGAAACACGCUCCUCGUGGAUAUAAGAGGUUUAUCGUCCCUGGAGGCCUUCAAGAGAGCCAUAACCAAUCUCCAUCUUGGCUUCUAAUAAUAUUUAAGUGGUUUUAAUGGCUUUUACAUGAAUUUUAUGUUAAUAUUUUGAAUGGUUUUAUUUUAUGUUUAUGGCAAUAUUUUAAAUAGUUUGAUUGUGAAUCACCCUGAACCAUUUUUUGGGUGGAUGAUAUAUAAAUGAAAUAAUAGUAAUAAUAAUGAAUAAUAAAGGAGCAACUGAGCUUGACAAACCAAAUCAUGCUACUGAGCUUGACAAACCAGUAGGGACAGAGGAGUGUGUGGAAUGAAGACACUGCAGCAGUGUGGACUCCUAGGCUGAAUAACUAAAGGAUGCUUUCCUAGCACUAAGAAGGAUUAGGCAGUGCAUCAAGUUGGUGGAAUUUUCCUCUCCUACUAUUUAAAAGUAAGGCUAUUAUUCGAUUAAAUAAAUCUUAGUCAAUAUUGCAUAUGCGUAAAAACACUAGCUCUGAAGCAAAAAGCAUUUUUCUUUGUUUUCUAGAUUAUGUAUGACUGUUGUAUCAGGCAUCAUCUUAGAAGAGACAUUUCCUCCUGCGUGAAAAAGAAAAGUGAAGGCCUACUCUAAGAUUAUGCUUCUGAUAUGCUGAUUUAAAAUUUACCCAGUUAAGCAGGGGGACCUUUUUAGCCUAUAAUAAGGCCAAGAAGUUCUCAAAGCGGUGGUUCUCUGUCCCCACAAAGAUUGGUAGUCUAAAAAGAAACUCAAAGUAGACACCAGUAACAGCCACUGAGGAAUGCUGUGCUGGGGAUGAAUAGGGCCAAUUGCUCUCCCUGUGCUAAACAUAAAAAGAAUCUCCACUUUGAAAGGUGCGUCUUUGUCUAUAUAUAUAGCAAUAUAAAAGCUCUUGUUCUAUUGGGAAAACUCAGAACCAGGGCCUUUGUAUUGUAGUUGGGCUAAUUCAGAUUUGUACUUGUUCAGAACUGGAUUCUGUGAGUUGGCAUGUAGGGGGAUUCGGGUAUUGUACUGUGAAUUGUGUAACCCUGCCAUUAUUUCUCAUUUGGAUGGUCACAGGAAAACAUUGUCUGUAUUUGAAA